CUACCAAGUAACUAAGUAAGCCACACAAAUUGAGGUGUAAAAGAAAGCAGGCAAGCAAGGAACAAGGGUUUUGCAAGAUUCCAUAGUUGAAGGAAGGAGUGAAGGCAAUAUUUAAAAAAAAAAAAUGCCAAUUAACAGAAUUGCCAUUGGAACACCGAGGGAGGCGAGCCACCCGGAUGCACUCAGGGCCGCGCUAGCCGAGUUCUUCUCCACGCUUAUAUUUGUUUUUGCUGGUGAAGGGUCCGGCAUGGCAUUUAACAAGCUCACAGAUAACGGAUCAACCACACCAUCGGGUCUUAUAGCUGCAUCACUAGCCCAUGCAUUUGCCCUUUUUGUGGCGGUCUCCGUCGGUGCCAACAUUUCCGGUGGCCAUGUCAACCCUGCCGUGACGUUCGGCGCCUUCCUCGGUGGGAACAUAACGUUGCUGAGGGGCAUUAUGUACUGGAUUGCACAAUUGCUAGGCUCAAUCGUUGCAUGCCUGCUUCUUAAGUUCGCCACAGGAGGACUAAAAACAUCAGCAUUCGCAUUGUCAACAAAUGUCUCGGUGUGGGAUGCACUCGUGUUUGAGAUUGUGAUGACUUUUGGACUCGUCUACACGGUCUAUGCCACAGCAGUGGACCCAAAGAAGGGGAAUGUGGGCAUUAUUGCACCUAUCGCAAUUGGUUUCAUUGUGGGUGCCAACAUUUUGGUUGGUGGUGCCUUUGAUGGUGCAUCUAUGAACCCGGCCGUCUCAUUUGGCCCAGCCGUCGUUAGCUGGACUUGGACUCACCAAUGGGUCUACUGGGUCGGCCCACUGAUCGGAGCGGCCAUUGCAGCCGUUGUCUAUGACAACAUCUUCAUUGUUGAGAACACCCAUCAGCAAAUACCCACCACAGCUUAUUAAAAAUUUUCUCUUCCAAUAAUUACCAAAAUUUUCUCUCUUUUAAGGAGAGAAUUAAAUUGGGAAGGUUUUUAAAGUAGUUCAAGAAAUGGAAUUGUGGGUUUAAGUAGGUGUUUAUUGUGUGUCAUUUUCUUUUAUUUGCUAGGAAUGUGUAAGAGUACCUUUUUUUUAAAAAAAAAAAAACUUUCUUCAGUUGUUAAAUUAAUGGAAAUUUGUUGUUGUUUCGUUGGCA